AUGCAUAGAUUUAAGACUUGUGCCCAUGAGGAGAAGUUGGAGACCAAGAAACUGGUGUGUUUAGAUGUGGAGACUAGAUGGAAUUCCACUUUCUUGAUGUUGGAGUCCGCUUUGGUAUUUAAAAGGGCAUUUGAGAGGUUAGAGGAAGAAGAUGAUAAGUAUAAAGUUGAGCUAGAGAAAUUGAAAGGGACACCAAAUGAGUUGGAUUGGCAUUAUGUGGAGUCUCUAGUUCAUUUUCUGAAGAUUUUCUAUGAUGCUACACUGAAAGUUUCGGGUUCUUUGUAUGUCACAAGUAAUGAUCUCUUUCAUGUCAUAUAUGGAAUUGCUUGUAAGCUUACAAAGGAAACUUCAUCAAAAAUUGAGAGUCAUAAAUCCAUGGCAAGAAGAAUGAAAGCUAAGCAUGAUAAGUAUUGGGGCUCCUUUGAUAACAUCAACCCUUUGCUGUUUAUUGCUGUGGUUCUUGACCCGAGGUACAAGUUGGAGUAUGUUUGUUUUGUGCUUGAUGAGGUUUAUGGGAUAGAACAUGGGGGAAUUUGGACUAAAGAUGAGUUGUUUGAGAGUGUGAAGGGAUUUUUGGAGGUUAUGUUUAAUGACUAUUCGGAAAUGAGAGGGGUUACUUGUGAAAGCUCAUCAAGAAGUGUGGGGAGUGCAACACCAAAUGAGAAUGAUGGAUCUGAAAGUGUGGAAGAUUAUUUGAAGAAAAAAUUCAACAGAAAGAGAAUGGAAGAUAGGGUGGGAGAAACUACACUUUCGGAGCUUGGUAGUACUCUUCCAAUCGACAUGGAAGAGAAUUUUGAAGAAAUCGAAGAACUUGAACAAGAGUUGAAAGAGUCUUGCUUGGAUGAUUGCACUAUCAUGAGUGAUUUAGUUGAUGAUGAUUGA